GCUCCACUCAUGGCCUCUCCUUUUUUAUGCCAUUUACUAAUAAUUGGUUAGAGGGAUCUCUCCCAUUCCGGUCCAGCCGGAUGGAGGAAAAGAAAAGAAUACCGUUUGUCUGCUGUUUUCUCGGUGUUUGAUUUUGGAAUCUAUCUCCCGUUUUCUGUCUGACAGACAAACAUUACAGUACACCACAUUGCCAUUGCCACUUCCUUUCUUUAAUUUUCUUUCCUUCUUCAGGGCCGGCCAGCCCUUCUUCACCACCAAGAGAGGAGCCCCACACGGCACCACCCACAAAAGCAGAGGCAAUUUCGUUUUGCCCUCUCUCAUUUCUUUCCCCUCUUACUGUAGUUCCUUAAAACUGACGAAGGGAGGAUAAGGUGGUUAGGGGGUGGGUUGAUCAGACACAGAGAGAGAAGGAGAGUGAGACCCAGAAGGAGAUAUUGGAGAUAUUUGUUUUGAUAAAUGGGUUCUUCAUCUGGGAACAAUUAUGAUUAUUCAUUCAAAAUCUUGUUGAUCGGGGACUCUGGUGUCGGUAAGAGCAGUCUACUCGUCAGUUUCAUCUCCAACCAUGUUAAUGAUCUCUCCCCCACCAUCGGUGUGGAUUUUAAGAUCAAGAUGCUCACAAUUGAUGGGAAAAGAUUGAAGCUGACAAUAUGGGACACAGCUGGACAGGAAAAAUUCAGAACAUUAACAAGCUCAUACUAUAGAGGUGCACAAGGAAUCAUUCUUGUUUAUGAUGUGACACGGAGAGAAACCUUCACAAAUUUGUCGGAUGUAUGGAAAAAGGAGAUAGAACUAUACUCCACUAAUCAGGAUUGUAUAAAGGUGCUGGUUGGGAACAAAGUUGAUAAGGAUAGUGAAAGAGCUGUAAGCAGAGCAGAGGGAAUUGCUUUAGCAGAAGAUUAUGGAUGUUUAUUUCUUGAAUGUAGUGCCAAAACCCGAGAAAAUGUGGAGCAAUGUUUUAAAGAACUUGCUUUAAAGAUAUCCGAGGUUCCUAGCUUAUUGGAAGAGGGAUCUACUUCAGCAAAGAGGAAUAUUUUAAAACAGAAACAAGAGUAUCAGGCACCUCCCAAAGGUGGUUGUUGCUCUUGAUAUGCUGAAUGUGUCCAAAGGAUGACCUAGAAAUGAAGUCUGAGGUCCAGAAGAAGCAGUGCUAACAGUGGUUUGACAGUUAGAUUAUGCAACUCUUUGUGGUGGAAUGAUGUAUAUUGUGGAUUGUUUUCUUCAAUUUCUUGUUUCUGGUGAUGUUGUUUUUAAGUCUUCAUUGUCUUCCUGGGUCAAGGUGUUGGUUAUAUAAUAUCAACUAGAUUAUGUAAAGAAAUUGAGACAGGAAAUGUUAAUGUACACAAAAAUGGAGUAAUAUUUGUUUGUUCCUA